UAUAUAUUCAGUCAAUUUAUCUAGAUUAUAUGCUUUGCAAGCUUAGCUACAAGUUUUCGCUAAAUGCAGACUGUAAUAGCGCGUACAUUACAACAUCAGUUUCGAUGUUUGUAUAACAACACACGGCGUUGCUUGGCGCUGUCUGUUUCCGAAAAUACAGCACAAAAUGUCUACAAAAAUGAAGACGAAUGUUUGUCAAUCAAGUGGAACGAUGGCAGUAUUGACAAAUAUCCAUAUAUUUAUCUGCGUGAGAAUUGCCGUUGUCCAGUAUGUUAUAAAGAUGAAAGAAAAUCGCGUACGAUGUUUUCCCCAAAAGUCGUUGAUCUCGAUAUUACAGCAGAGUAUGCAAACUGGAAUGCUGAACAAAAUCUGCUUGAAGUGAAAUGGGAGGAUGGUCAUACCAGCAAUUAUUCAUCUGACUGGUUAAAAUAUUUGAGGUAUCGCCCACUUGUUGAAGAGCAGUCACCUAGUUUGAUAAAGAAAGGCAUUCAGUUAUGGGGUGAAGAAAUGUCUGAAAAGAGCAACCUACCUGUAUUUCAGUUCGAUGAGUUGAUGGCGGAUGAUGAAGUGCUUUACAAGUGGAUGGUUGCCAUAGCUACUCAGACUGGAAUUGCUAAGAUUGAAAAUGCGCCUAAAGAGGCAGGCCAUAUAAGGAAAAUGGGGGAAAGAGUUGGCUAUCUUGUGCAAUCUACUUUCGGAGUCGUUUCUCAGGUAAAAGCAUUUAGCGGAGACGCAACACAUGAAACUGGGUACACUUAUUCUGAAUUGCCUCUGCAUGCGGAUUUUUCAUUCCAAAACACUGCACCUGGAGUUGCAAUACUUCACUGUGUUACGCAAACCAAAGGUGAGGGUGGUGCCAGUUUACUCGUAGACGCUUUCCAUGCUGCAAACCUUCUCUACGAGGAAGAUCCAGAAGCAUUUGAGAUCCUAGUGGACACACCACUGGUAUUUAAAAACUUCACAAAGACUCCCGCUGGCAAAAUCUACGCCGUAUCUCGACGUCCUAUUCUCAGUGUGGACUUUGAAAAGAAAUUGAAUCAGGUGUGUUACGGCGAUGAAUUUCGCGACAAUCACAUGCCACGAGAACCCGAGCGUAUGAAGUCAUUCUAUAAAGCUUACUUUCGUUUCUCCGAAUUGCUGGACGACAAGAGAACCUCGUUUUGGUAUAAAAUGAAGUCGGGGGACAUCAUUACAGUCAACAAUCAUCGAGUUCUACAUGGAAGAUCUGCAUACCAGCCGGAUGGCGAACACGCGAGAAUUCUUGAGACCGCGUUUUUUGAUUGGGAUUGUUUCCACUCUAAAAUUCGAAUCCUUUCUGAGAAAAUUGGAGUAAAAUCACCCGUUGACUAGAAAUGCAAAAAUAUAUGCUAUUAUCAAUCAGUAAAAAAAUAAUCAUAUAAUCCAACGAAAUGUGCAUAAAUAAGUUAUGCGAUCGUUUCUUGCUAUAUCACAUAAAGCACACAUUUCAACGUGAUGCAGCGAUUCUGUUUUAGAGGCUGCAUGAUUAAAUAUCAUAAAUCGUUGUAUCCUGAACUGGUUAUCGCCUGAAGUCAAAGACAGCAACUAAAGCAAAUUGUUUAGAAGGAAUUAGAUUUUAGUUCAUAAAGACAAAAGAACCAAAAAAAUAGACAAUUUAGAAUAAUUUAAUUAUUUUAUAUUGUGGGGGUUAGUAACUCUUGUAGUUGAUAGGAUUAUCGUAUAAUGAAGAAUA